AUGUGGUUAGAUCGUAUCGCACCAAAUAAAUUUUUAUGCCGUUUCGAACUAAGAACCGGUUCAUUAUUUUAUGGCAUAUUAUUGACAAGUGCAAUGGUGAUUUGCACAAUAACCAUGAUCGUGGAUACGGUGAACUUGCUCAAGAACACGGAGUGCUCGAAGACCGUCACAAGCUACAGGAUCACCGCAGGAGUGUACUGUUUGUUCAUGUUGUGUGUCCAUUUGUGGCUGAUAUGGGGCGUUAAAAAGGAGAAAGCCUCAGUGUUCCUAGGCUGGACGGUAUUGACGGCCAUGUGGCUGGCCCAAGUUUGCUGUCUGCUUCUCGUACAGAUCUGUUUGAAUGUCAACGACGGUGCUGCUUUGGCGUGGCUAAUAGUCGCUGCGGUAGUUCUAGUGAUACCAUUUUACGGGAUACUAGUCGUCCACGGGUACAGACUGGAAGUAAUACGUGACAAGAAAACACAAAGACACGAAACGGAAACGAUCUGA